UCUAGCUAACAUUGGCGACUCGUCUUAGACUGGCUCCAAAAAAUAUAACUGGCAACUUUAGAUGUAUCAAACAACAACGCUUUCUUAGUGUUGCGAGUCACCUUACCCGAGCCUUCCCUUCUGUAAAUGCUGCACUCUGCGGCCGCUGGUCUCGGUGUUGUCUGGUCGGUCUGCCUCAGCCCAUCUCCACUGAUCCAGGACAGAGCCCUGCCGCUGGUGAGGCGAUGGGCGUUAACACACACGCACUGCACACACUUCUGUCUGCUGCAGGAGAAAAAGUUUGAGUGAGUGUCAGCGGGCGGGCUGCUGAUGUUGGCGAGCUUUCUUCACGUCUUUGUCACUGCGAGUCUGUGAACUUUCUCUUCUGCGGGCUGACAGAGGAGGCGACCAUGGAAGAGGAGGGGGACAGCCACCCGGAGUUGAGGCAUUUUCCUUCGCUGUGGUCUCUCUCCAGGUCCCGCUCCAAGAGUGACGGCUCCGGAUUUCGAGGAUUUCGCUACAGGGUGCUGUUUAGGCUCCGGGGAGCCCACUCAGUCGAUGGGUUGGAUAAAUCAUCAUCACUGGCCAGCUGUGACGUGGUGGUGGACAGCGCCACCAAUACCCAGAAUGUCCCUGCAUCACGGCAGCAGCGAGGCAAGCUGUCGUCACUAGGAAAACUGUUCAAACCCUGGAAGUGGAGGAAGAAGAAGACCAGCGACAAGUUCCAGGAUCUUUCUAAAGGCCCUGAUCAGAUAGAAAGCGCUUUGCAGGUUUGA